GUUCUUCUGCGGCUUCCGUACUUCCCAAUAUACUAAUAUACGAGUGCUUUGUUUAGUACAGUCAGUGGUUAAAUAUCUGGUCAAGGUAACUUUCGUUGCUUAAAUAUACAUGCAAGUUGUGUGCUCGGGAUGGCUAAUGACAGGCUGAGAGCGUUAGAAGAUGUGGAGAAGGAGAUUGCUUUAGUGCUGCAGAGCGCAGGAACUAUUGUGCUGGAGCUUUCUAAAGAGAAGGCCAAUGCCAGUUUAUUAGACCGACAGCUGAAUCAGUUCCAGACCUCCAUCAACAGAGUUGAGAAUGAACUGAGUGCACAGAUCCGAUAUCUGACACAGGUGGCAACAGGUCAGCCUCAUGAGGGAUCGACAUACUCAGCCAGAAAGGACUGUCAGAUGGCCUUAAACCGUGCAGAAUAUGCCCGUGUCAAACUGGGAGAGCUGGGACGUACCUGUGAGAUAAUGCUUGAUCCACAGACGUAAAGACAUAUUAAAUGGACUGUUACUUUGUAAUA